AUGUCGACUUUUCGUCUGAUUUCAACAUUACGUUCGUCAUUAUUAAGACUUAAAUCUAGUCAACUUUUAAUUCCAACCUCUCAAAUGUCAUGUCAAUCUAUACUACCGAUUAAUUUGUAUUCUAAAGUCCACGAAAGAACACAACAAAUCUGUUUGUUUUCUUCUUCGCAUACUGUUUGUAAUCGACGGCACGAUAAUAUAAAUUCAAAUGUUGCCGAAGAAGUAGACGUCGAAGAGGAUGAUGAUAAUCAAGAAGAUAACGAAACAGAUCAAGAUGAAGAAGAAAAACUUCGAACUCGUAUUCAACAAUAUAAACUUCCGAAAGGCUACCGAAUAAUUAUUCGACAUCUUGCUUCACUCCGUCUCGAUCUUAUCUGUUCAGCAGGUACUGGCAUAGGACGAAGUGCAAUCGAAGAUGAAUUCUAUGGUUCUAAAUUACGUGUAAAUGGUGAAAAAUCAACUAAAAAAGCACAACAAGUUAAAGAAGGUGAUAUUAUCGAUCUCGUAGUGUCGCGUACCGAUGGUGCAAAAUAUAUCUCGAAAAGGAUAAUGCUCUUCAAAGUUUUUGAUGAAAAGUCAUUUAAAAAUAAAGUGAAAGUCUGCUUAAUUGCAUGGCGUCAAGGAAUCGAAGUUGAUGGAUCACAAUGGAGUUAA